AUCAACACUCGAGGGGGUGUGGCUUCAGAAAGCGUCGCCACCAUCCAGCCAUCAUGCUAGGCUAGCCGGAGUAGCCCAGUCCAGUGCUAACCACCAGCUAACUCACAUUGUGACCCAUGUAGAACACAUUCAGCCACGGGGGGAUAACGGUUUGAUCGAUUCGAGGACCGAAUGGAUGAAAGGAGCGAUGUGCACUUGAGGUGUAUCGUUUUGUUCUACCAAAGGACCUCCGUGAACAGCCCCCUCGGCUAGGACCCGGGCUACCUCGGCUAGCCGCACACACCGCUUGCUACUAUCACGACCAACACAGCAGCAGACACACGGGACCAGCCGCCACACACGCCGGGGAUAGUGCGUCAUCACUCCUUCCCAGGGCCAUGGAAAAGGCAGACUUUUUGAAAGGGCUUCCUGUCUACAACAAGAGUAACUUCAGCCGAUUCCAUGCAGACUCCGUUUGCAAAGCCUCUAACCGUAGGCCGUCGGUCUACCUGCCCACCCGUGAAUACCCCUCAGAACAGAUUAUUGUGACAGAGAAAACCAACAUCCUUCUGCGAUAUCUUCAUCAGCAGUGGGACAAAAAGAAUGCCGCCAAGAAGCGGGAACAGGAACAGGGGGAGGGAGACAGUCCUGCGCCGCCCAGGAAGAUCGCCAGGACAGACAGCCAAGAGAUGAAUGAGGACUCAUAAGUGUGUGUGUGUGUGUGUGUGUGUGUGUGUGUGACUGUGUGUUUGUCUGUCUACAGGGCAUAGCCUAUAUAAAUGACGACUGGUCCCUGGUUUAGCGCUGUUGUUUCUGUAUUUGCGAUGUACAUGUCCCAGCAUGGAGCCGUCCCGUGCUAGAGCUAGGCUCCGCCCACUCGGUGGACGUGGGCUCAUUGAUACUCGUCCCGGUCUGAUGAUGAUGGUGGUGAACAGGACUACUGCGUGUGAACGCCUUAACCCAAGGAGGACGCUGACGCCGUAACCAUUAGGCACCGUGUGCUCGACCAGUGGUUUAACCAUUCACCGAAUUAGAAACGAUCCAAAUUGAUAUCGCCCCCUUCUCAAAGUUCAAAAGAAGUCUUACGAAUGAGCCGAUUGUGUGACAUGACGUGUACAGUGCAACGUGGGGAUGUCCGGUGAACCCCUGACCAGCUCUUAACCAGUAGAGCUCUUCACGGCUUUGCUGGUUUUUGCGUCGUUUUUUUUUUUUUAUUCUUUGUAAAUGUCGUAUGUGCAGUGGUUUGCCUGCAUGAGUUGUAACUAUGUAAGUAUGUAUCAAGUGGAAGGAAAUGCUGAAAGCAUCUGGAACCGUGAGAGACAGACUCAGCCCCCAGUUAACUUCAGAAUUAACACUGUAAUUAAAAACCUCCAGUGCUGGAUAGCAAAACCUAUACUGUCAAACAUUACUGGAAAGAGUCCGUCGAGAUUUUUUGAAUUGAGGUGUUUUAAUUCUUUCAUCUGAUUGUGGCUAUUGGUGUUUGGCUCUGAGCUUCCUGCCAGCCCUCGUGCCCCACAUUGUGGAGGGAGGGGGCACUGCCACAUAUAUCCUUACCAUUCAAUAUAAAAGACCCAAGAUUGCACUGUGAAGAACGGCACACAACAUUGGAGAUUGCUCGUUUGCGUUUUAUUAUUUUAAACUUGGAAUAUAAAAUAUGCAUCUACGUUUACCUUUGGUCAAUGUUUUGUUUUGGGAUUUUGGAGGAAUUCUGGAGCUAGCCCCCUUUUAGCUCAUGUCUUAACACAAGUGGGGAUGGGCCAAGGUUCCUCCAAAAGGUGUGUGGUCUAACGGAUUCAGUUCUUCACCCGUUUUCUUUUAGCAUUAAAGUUACAGUGACGCUGAAUCUGAAUCUGAUUGCACAAUGAGGCACUGCACAGGUGGUGGAGACUUAAGAACCCAUGUUAGGGUCAGAGUGUAGAUGGGGAGGGCGGAUUCAUGAGGACGGAUGAAUAAGGGCCAGAGCCAGAAGUAGUUUCUCAAGUUAAACAUUGUUUCUGCCUUCGAUGUCAAACGUUUUGUAACGGGCCGUUCCCCGGGCCAGGGUCUUAUGACGGCUGUCUGCUGCCAGUCUCUACUCUGCUCUUCCGACUGGGCGAGUACACAGUGAUUACACAUCUGUAUACAUGCCACGGUUAAUCAAAGAGGCUGAUGCCCCAUCUGUUGGCAGGCAGAGACUGAGCUGGGGGAGUGAGGCUUACAGUAGACGGAUCCCGGGUGUUUAAGGGUAUUACAAUUAUAGGAAUCGCCCUGGAGUGCAUAAAUGAAGCAUUUGUGCAUUUGAGUGCACUUUUUCUAAUCUAAUUAACACUGCCCAGCAAAUGAACUGCGACGCCACCUCUCCUGUCUUACAGCCGUAGACGCUGCGAUGUGGGCCGGCGCCGUGGUUUCUCAUCUUCCUCCUAACCAUGCAAUAUAAACACGUGUCUGAUCCUAAAUCCCAGAACCAUGUCAGGCUUCUGCUUCUUCGUUAGACUGUUCUGCGACUCCUUAGGCUGUGCCUCAUGUUAUUUACUAGGAAUGGACGUAUUCCUUUUAGCUUUGCUGCAAUAAAUAUGGAUUGAAAUUAA